AUGGAUACACAGCAGGACGAGACGAACAGGCCGAAGCCCGGAAAAACGCGGUCCAGAACCGGCUGCCGCACGUGUCGCAUCCGCAAGGUCAAGUGCGACGAAGAGAAGCUCCGCAUUGGAGGCCAGGCAGAGCCACACUGCCGGCGGUGCUCGGCAGCUCGCAUGCGCUGCGAAUGGCAGGGGCCCGUUCCCCGGAGGAAAACACGGCGUAUUGCAGUCCGUCAAUGCACGCAGUCUCAGUCGCAGGGUCCUCUUGUGCCGGCUUCAAUGCCCCUCCAUCCGAUACCCAGCUCGGGAAGUGUUGUGCAGGCGGCCAACUCCCUUACUUUGUCGCCCUUUGAUCGUCUUUGUUUAGAUUACCUCCAGGAUUCGGCGCUGGUUAUUGCUCUCGGAAAACACUGGCCAUGGUCUACGAUCUCCUAUGCGUAUCAGAAAAUCGCUGUGAAACAGCCCAUGCUCAUGAGUGCGAUUUUGGCCAGCACCGCAAGUGAAAUCCACCAGUCUCGACUACACGGCCAGGAGCGUCUGAGUCUCUCUGCAGGUGCGGAUUCAUCCGAUAUUGACGGCAGAAUACACUAUGGUCGCGCUCUGUCUGGUCUUCGCGAAGCUUUUAAUAGUAAUGAAAGGUCGCCUGAAAAGGUCGAGGCCAUCUUCAUUACUCUAUGGCUACUUAUAGACUACGAGAACCGCUUCGGAAAUGGCGCAAAUGCUAUAAAUAUUCAUAUUCGCGGCAUCCAUAGUCUCCUUGUGGACCAUGUUGUUCCGUCGUUGAAGAAUGGAGAUCACCCGAGAGCAAUCGAUUUCGAGGCCGAUACUGACGCCAUCCUACCGUCUGGAACCUGCUCCGAUACCGUGGGUCAUUCUCAAACGGCCCAUGGCCCUGUCAGUAAGAGAGGGGUUAUUCGAGAUGACCUUCGCCAGACAGCUGUGCCUUUAUUCCUGCUAUGGACACUAUACUUCUAUACACCGGCGGUAUUUCGGGGUCCUGGCGCCGCGACGAUAGACGAUAGCCUGUGUCGUUUGUUCCUUCAGGCGGAAACUGGAAUUGACGGCUUAACCUUGGAGGAUCUGUAUAGGAUUAGUCGGCAAUCGCCCUCUCGGUUCUGGGGGGACACCUACCCAGCAGCGGCGAAGCUGGAUGAUCUUGAAAACUUGCCUGGCUUGAGACUGUACCAUCAGAGCCAUGUACUGCAGUUCAGGAUUGGUGAGCUAUUCAACAACAGCCCUUCAGGGCUAGAAGAGGAAAGCUACAUCCAGAUUGUCGACGAGAUCAUUAGCAUAUCAGAGGAAUACGACGUCGUCCUCUCCUCAGCCAAAACCGCCCACUCGUGCGACGUCGGUAGCGACGGCCGCCGCGUCAUGGAAACAAUGUACUGGGCAUCCAUCGCCUUCUACGGCACAAUCGUCUACUUCUAUCUCUGCUUGGGAAGCACACACAACUCCACCUCACGAUUAAUGCCCCUCGAAACGGCCGUUUCACAUGUUUUAGAACUAUCGCUGCGGCUCCACCGGAGUAGACCCCGGCUGAUGCUGCGCAUCCCCUGGCAACUUUUCCUUGCAGGAAUUGCGACACCCGAUCGCAUUUACCAGGAUUGGGUUUCUAUCCGACUGCGAGAGCUGGGAUGCUAUGGGAGGAAUUUCGCCCGGUUGAGUGACCGGUUUGAUGAGAUUAUUCGGGGUGGUGAUCCUUUGGGGUCUGUGAGAUACUUGGGGACGCUGCAGGGUUAG